AUGAACAGAGGAAACAUGCAGCCGAAGAGGAGUCUGCGCAAGCAAAGGUGCGACGGAGCCAUCGUAUUUCUGAACAACCCAAAGAGUGUUACACCAGCUCACAACCCCCAACCCAAAUUAAAGCUCCACCCAAGGACUGGCCGCUUUCUCUCCAUGCUUCUCUCCCGACGAUCUGACGGCUGCCGAAAGUGCGGCCGGGAGCCGGAGAGGAAGUGCAGCUCGCCGGAGUGGAACCGGGGCAAGUCCGGGCAAGACGAUCUGGGAGCUCUACGAGACUCGGAGUUGCAGGGUUCAGGGUAG